GCGGCGGAGGCGGAUCGGGCGCUGCGGCAGGAGGGAAGAUGGCGGACGAGGAGAAGCUACCUCCCGGCUGGGAGAAGCGCAUGAGCCGCAGCUCAGGCCGAGUGUACUACUUCAAUCACAUCACUAAUGCCAGCCAGUGGGAGCGGCCCAGCAGCAACAGCAGUGGUGUCGGUGGCAAAAACGGGCAGGGGGAGCCCACCAGGGUCCGCUGCUCACACCUGCUGGUCAAGCACAGCCAGUCAAGGCGGCCCUCAUCCUGGCGGCAGGAGAAGAUCACUCGGACCAAGGAGGAGGCCCUGGAGCUGAUCAAUGGUUACAUCCAGAAGAUCAAGUCGGGAGAGGAGGACUUUGAGUCUCUGGCUUCACAGUUCAGCGACUGCAGCUCAGCCAAGGCCAGGGGAGACCUGGGUGCCUUCAGCAGAGGUCAGAUGCAGAAGCCAUUUGAAGACGCCUCGUUCGCGCUGCGGACGGGGGAGAUGAGCGGGCCCGUGUUCACGGAUUCCGGCAUCCACAUUAUCCUGCGCACGGAGUGAGGGGCGUGGGAGCCCAGGCCUGCAGGCAGGCGGCAGGACCCUGGCUCCCCCACUGCCAGCCGGCUGAUGGGUGCCCCUCCUGCUGCUGUCACAGUAUUUAUUGUUCCCCAAAUGUCUGGGAGGAAGGCUCUUCCAGGUUGGGGAAUCUGGGGUCCCUGCUCCCUGUCCACCUCCAGUUGGGGCUGUCCCUGCCAGACCCCCGCUUAGGGAAUUGACUUCAGAAGGGAGUGGGGGUGGGGAGGCUUCCGGACCAGGGGGGACAGGGGUGACCUGUCCCAAAGAGAAGGCCUAGUCAGCUGAGCCACCCGUGUCCCCCCAGGUCCCUGAGGCGGGUAGGGGGGCCUUGAGUUGUUUUUUUUUAGUUAUGCCACGUUCCUCUAUUCAGUUACAAAAAGCAAACGCUCGGGUUCCUGGCUGCGGGUCCCCUCUGAGCGGCAGUGCAGCGCCCGUGCACCCUCCAUUAAACCCGGAACUGCU